AUGGAUUGGUCGCAGUUUGCAGACCCGCAAUUUCUCCUCGGAGUGGGAGUAAUCGCUUUCGGUGCCAUUAAUGCUUACAUGCUUCGCAGACAUAAUCUUCAAAGGGCUGAAGAGGAAGCUGAGCAUUCAGGUGUACGUGGGAAUGAAAGUGUCAAACGGCAAGAAGUUCGAGAAAGUACAGAAACCACAGAGUGCUCGAGGUUUCUUGAUGAUGGGUAUCAAAAGGAAAAGUGUGAGAAACCGAAAUCAAAUGACUGGAACCCAACGGAAAAUGCAGCUAUGGAAGGUAAGCAGGUCAAAAAAAUCUCUGUCAGCUUUCGAAAACUAUUUCGCAAUCGUAGUGUCUCUAAAACACGUGAUCCUUUUUCCUCCACCCAUUUCAAUCCCAAAUCUACCAAAAUGGAUCAUUGCAAUCGAUCUCGCCUAUCGAAAUCUCUCUCUACAUUCUUCGUCAACUGCUGUCAAUGCUGCGCCUGUUGCUACGGUUGGGGCAACACUACGGAUUCUCCACCUUACGCCGACGACUUCCAUCACCGUUGUCGUGGGCCGUGGAAAAAAUCAGACCGAGUUUCUGCGUCUGAACCUCAACUGUCGCCGCCACCUCCAACUGUACUUCCUUCAAUAAGGGUAAGGUUCGAAAAUCAGAUUCCGGAGAUGGAGGGAAAGGAUCAUAUUUCUCGGCGAAAAGAAGUAGGGCAAAAGUUCAGAGACGAAGUGGAUGCGGAGAUUAUCAGUGCCAGUCUUGAUGAUCAGUUGAUGCUCGAAAGAAAGUUGGACGAAGGCAAUGCCCAGCGAGGGAGACAAGAGGAUGAAUUCAGUGAAUCUUCUGAAACAGUCACUAUAGAACCGAAUUCGGUAAGCCUCCAAAUUUAUAAAGCAGAUUUUGUACACCAAUUUCCCUUUGUUGUCACCCAAUCAUUCUAG